ACACCCCCAGCUCGUGGUGACACGGUUUUAUUCUCAGCGUGUCACCUGAAGCCUGUAAUGUGUGUGUCUACAUUUUAUUUCUCCUACAGUGAGAGGGCGUAUCCGCUCUCGCAGAGAGGCUGAGCCAGUGAAGCGGGAGUGGGAGGGCUUUUCAGUGUUUUCGCUGGUUUGAAACAUAGGAAGAAAACAGCGAGCAGCCACGCCGCCCACUAAACAAGGCGAAGCGCGCAUCAACAAUUUCGCAACAGCCGCCGCCGCCGCCGCUGCUGCUGCCCCGAUUAAACCCACGGAGGAGCGGAGGAGAGCAGACACCCACAGACAGACAGUCAAGAGAUCACUGCUGCUGUUGUCCUACACAGGAACUAAAGAAAGAUGGAUGACCGUGUUGCCACCAAAGAGCUGUGACAUCACUGUGAAGUCGUGGAUGGUGGUGGACGUUGUGCUUUCUUAACUUGGAUUUGUGCGACCUUUCUACCAGACCUGUUUGGCUUACCUCGUCCAAAAGCAAUAGCUGUUAUCUGCCAGUGAAUAUAAUAAGGGACUACCGGCCCAUCUUAACGAAAUGGAGACUCUUUCCCAAGAUUCCAUUCUGGAGUGCCAGAUCUGCUUCAACUACUACAGCCCUCGCCGGCGGCCCAAACUCCUGGACUGCCGACACACGUGCUGCUCAGUGUGUUUGACCCAGAUGCGCAGCAGCCAAAAGGAGAUUCGUUGUCCAUGGUGCCGUGGUGUCACCAAGCUCCCGCCGGGCCUGUCUGUCUCCCAGCUCCCGGACGAUCCGGACAUCAUCACUGUCAUCGCCAUCCCUCACGCCUCUGAGCACACGCCUGUCUUCAUCCGCCUCCCCAGCAACGGCUGCUACAUGCUGCCACUGCCUGUUGCCAAGGAGCGGGCGCUGGGCCUGCCGGGGGAGCUGGGAUGUCGUUUCCUGCCGGGCAGCCAGCAGAAGGGGGUGACAGUGGUGACCGUGCCCGAGCAGCAGCCUCUGGGCCUGGCUAUGGGUCUGGAGGGUGUGGGUGUUGGGCUGGAGGGAGGGGAGGGCGAGAGAAGAGUUACUGGCCCAGUGGGAGGAGGAGGAAAGGGCUCUACAUGGUCCGGUGUGUGCACGGUGAUCCUGGUGGCUUGCGUGCUGCUCUUCCUCCUGGGCAUCGUGCUGCACAACAUGUCCUGCAUCUCCAAACGCUUCACUGUCAUCUCCUGCGGCUGAGGGUGGGGGGAGGCUGCUCGGACUGCUGCGGACCCCCCCUGGAUUCCCCCACCAGUUCUGCCUCUCCUCAGGGCGGGACUCUGCUGAGGAGAGGGGACUAAACUCACAUCAUGGGCAUCCAAGGAAACUACAGAGCAAUGUAGGGAGAAACAGGUGAAGAAGAGGAGGGCAGGGAGGAGAUCCACAAACUGUCUGCCAUUGUGUCCCUUUUUUUAUUUGGGAGAUUGAAAUUAAAAUGGAAAUAUAGAUACAAACCUUUAAUUUCCUCUUGCUGGCCCUUAAAAUCCCGUCCUUUCCUGUCCUUCCAUUUUCUCUGAAAGACCACUUUGGGAGUUACUCCAGAAAUGUUUUUGGCCAGCUGAUUUGUUUUUGGCCAGCUGAUAUGCUUUUGGCGAGGGGCCGAUCUGACACUCACUCUUACUCAGAGCCGUUGGGUUGCCCGUUUGUCUGUGGUUUGUAGAAGUACAUCAGUUAUCAUAGUGUUGUUUAGCUGAGUGUAGGUUCCAAGUGCGGUGUCUCCAGCUGGUGCUGCAGUACAAAGAGUUAGGACUUGGCUGCUCUCCGUUCUCUGAUGCUGCAGGAAUUAAUUGUGCAGGAUCCACGUCUGGCCCCAUCUGAAUCAUCUGGGAAACUCAAAAUCAAGACAGCUUUUCUUUUUUUCCCUUUCAUACAACCUGUUCCUGCUCAGAACAAACUGUUGCUGUGAUGGCUCAAUGUAGUUAGUAAAGGGAUUGUUGUCAACAAAGGACAAAACAUAGAUUUUAUUCUUAAUUCAUGCCAUCUUGUUACAAGCCCAAACCAAAUACAUGGGUAGUAGAGAGUUGCUCUAUUCAGUCUUCAGUUUCAGUUAGUGCUGAAAUGGUCAGGCAUGGAGAGAUUGGUUGGUUAAUAAAUUACUGUUUCACAUUUUUCAAGCAAAAAAAAAGACAAAGAUUUAUUGUAUUCAGCUUGUUUUGAAGGAUUUUUUCUGUUUAUAUCAUUGUAAAUUCUAUAGCAUUGGGUUCUUGGGACUAUUUGCCAGCUAAAUUCGAUGGUAGCUUUUUCAGAAAAAAAAAUCCUUUACAAAAAGAAUGAUUAAAGAAAUAAUUGAUUAAUUGGUAAAUAAAAUAAUCACUAGUUGCCAUCCUAUAUUGAAAAUGGUGGGAAAAUGUUGUACAGCCCUCUUUUAGGAUGCUUGUUGCCAAAAAUAUGCAGGCUAUGCGAUAAACAAAGAAAUUGCUCAAAAUACUAUGAAUAGAACUUUUUUUUUCUUUUUAAAGACAUUGAUUCAUAUUUGGGGAAAGAAGUUUAUUUGAAUUCUGUCUUAAAGUAAGCUAUAAAAAGAUCAAUACCAAUCUCAUGUCUUUGUGUUAUGUGCAGCUCCAGGGCCAGGAUGCAGUUAGCCUAGCCAAGUGUAAGAUGGAAACAGGGACAGACAGCUAGCCUGGCGUUCUCCUAUGUUUAAAAUCUUACACUUAAUUUGAACCUCUAAAUCAAAACAGUUACAGUAACAUGUUAAAUCUUGUUUGUUUAAUUUGUACAAAGGUCAAUUGAACUUAAGUUCAUUUACCCCCUAGCUGAGGUUCAUUUGGACAGGUAUGAACACAGCAAUCACGCUUGGGUGCGCGCCAAAACAACCAGACCAAGACCUUCUUGAAGAGGUGGUCUUGGUCCUGUCACAACUGAACUCUAGUGCGGUUCGUUUGUGGUGAGAAUGUGUUCCAACCUCGAUCCGAACCAACUGCACACACAUAACGCUUUGUUUGGGUUAAACAGCAUGAGCAUGUUACAGUCCUGGAGGAUUAUUAAUGUGCGUCUCCUCCUGUGCUGCCUUAAUAUGCACAUUCAGCACAUCCAAUGCAUCAAAAUAUUGUUUUCUAGUUGGGGCCGUGCCUCAUUUUCAAACUGUAUGGUUUGACUAAAAUGAACAAUGACAGCAAUACAGUCCACGAUGACCAGCGCUAAAAUCAACCUGCGUAGUUGUCCCUCCAUUGUGACAUUAGAAAGUGUUGCAUUAUUUUGCAAGUGUAAUCUUCUUCAACGCUUACUUUACUUCCUGUAUUUUUCCCGCACAGAAAUUCUGACCAAUCAAGAGCAGCUUUCUCACACAAGGCAGAUAUGGUCUGCUUGUAAAUGCUGCCGUGAGAACACAAACCAACUCUAGAAAAUUAUGCAACUUUGUGAUUAAAUUAGUCCCUGAUUCGGACCAAAGCAAGCGAACUCUAGGUGUAACAGCACCCUAAUAUUUUUGUACAGUUUAAACAAACAGGAUAAAACAUGUUCCAGUAAUUUUUGAGCUUUUAGCGGUGCUUGUGUGUUUUUGAACAUUGAAGAGAGCUAGGCUAGCUGUUUCCCUGCAGUUUUAUGGGGAGCUACAUGCUACGUGAGUUAGGGCCUGUGUCCACAUAGCAUUUUUCCUCAGCAGAAAAUUGUUGGCAGGGUACUGGGGAGUGCUUCAUCCCAGCGCCUCAUAAAUUCCUGCUCCCAGUGCUUUUUUAAAAUGACACACUGUGUAUGGGUAUGUUUCUGUGACAACAAUCUUGACACCAAUGUUAGCUCGGUAGCUAACACAGCGCUACAUUAACAGAGGCUCGACCACACAGUUAAAAACAAGCCUACAAAGGGAACUGGAAAGCACAACACUCACCAGCAACAUCCAGUGUCCGCAGGCCAGUCCAUUCCCAAAAUAAUGAGCCUUUUUGUCUUUGUUGUGACUAUAGACCUCAGCAUAGCUAAAGAAGUGGCAACUCAGAGCACAGGGGCGGUUGCAUAAAAAAGAGGACAACUGAAAAAAGACGGCAGUGCUGAGAAAAAAAAAAACGCUCUUUGGACACAGGCCCUUAGUUAGCCUACAGGAUGUAACCACAGUUUAAAGGGAAAUUUCGGUUUAUUUCAACCCGUCUCCUAUCAUUCUAAAUUUGUUCCAAGUCACUAGUGACAUAGAAAUAAUAGUUAGCAUGUUAGCCGUUAGCCUAGAUACAGCUGUAGCGUCAGACCUGUUAAAACGUAAUUGACCGGGCAUCCUUUCAAGUGCAAAGUUAGUCCACUAAACAAGCUUCUUCUCCACAAAGACCGCCUCAUAUCGUUAGGAUAAAUGUCAGAGAACAUAUAGAAAACGAUAUGUAAACGUAUUGUCUUACCUUACCGGUGUGCUGCCAUGUUUGUUGAUUACCAUUUAGCUGAGGCUGCAACCGGUCCCAUUCCUUGCAACAGAGGUAUUCCUCUUCUGUGGGCAUUGGGGUACAGCAUUCACAGGUAACGUUACACCACCAAGCUCCAGAGCUAAAGCCUUCCAGCAGCCAUUCCUCCUCUGUCGUCCUCCACCUGUUGUGCCUCUCUCUCUCCUCCAUUCUUCAGUUUCACGAAGCUCUUCGUCAGUGUAUUCUGGCUCAAAUAAAUAAGGGCGGCCAUCGCCUCUCAAUGUAGAAAGCCUAUAUACUAACAUUCCACAUUUAGGUGGUCUUCAGAGUUGUUGUCUUACCUUACCGUGUGUUUACAGUUUACCUCUGCUUCCCAAAGCGCGGCCGAAAUCUCACGAGAACACGCCGCAGCAGCUGCAAGGCAGAACCGGACAGUAGCCUGAAAAGUUCAUUCAUUUAUUUUAUGAAAAAUUUAUAGAAUAAUGGCUGACUUUUUGGCAGACUUCGACUUUGUGGAGGAGGAAUUUUGGAAUUUUGCAGAGUUUUAUGGCCACCCUUAUUUAUUUGAGCCAGAAUACACUGACGAAGAGCUUC